GAGAGACACAUCUUUUGGCUAGACCUCCUCCGGGUUCCUGCAGAACUGUAAAAUGACGCUCGCUUGUCAUGAAGCAACUUUUUGUUCAACGAUGCGUGCCCGACGUCUCCUUUGAUCCCUUCUCACCACCACGUCCUCCUCAACAACAGAAUUCUAUUUUCAGAACAAAUCCAUCCAAGAACGAACGUACAGCUACAGGGUGGACACAACAGGAAAAUUGCUCGGUUCGGCGGCGCCCUGUGAAAAAGGUACCAGUGAAAAGACUUAUCAUGAGUGCCCGGAAUGACGGCAAGCCUUACUUGGUGCAGAUGAAUGAAAAUGGAGCCCACAACAAACCCAAUGUCAACAACAAACAGAUGAAUGUAGGCACAGUCAAUGGGAAGAGCGUCCAUCACGUAAGAGUCAACAGAAGUCUUUACCCGGUCAAGUCCAAGAGCCGCAGAGAGCGAUGGGAAGUGAAGCCGUCUGUCAUGGCCGACAACACCUUUAAUCCCAUACGAGCAAUUGUGGACGGGAUGAAACUCUCGCCCAAUCCCAAUAAACCCAUGAUCGCUCUUUCUAUAGGGGAUCCCACUGUGUUCGGAAACCUUCCGACAGACGAUGCAGUGCUGCAAGCCAUGAAGGACGCCAUCGAUUUGCAGCAGUACAAUGGCUACGCUCCUUCCGUUGGAUACUUGAAGAGCCGACAAGCAGUCGCCAACUUUUACAGCUGUCCUGAGGCUCCUCUUGAGGCAGAGGAUGUCAUUCUGACCAGCGGCUGUAGUCAAGCCAUUGACCUGGCGAUCAGUGUCCUUUGUAACCCAGGAGACAACAUUGUGGUUCCAUGUCCAGGCUUCUCCUUAUAUAAGACUUUGGCUGUUUCCAUGGGCAUCGAGGUCAGACUGUACAACCUGAUGCCCGAGAAGUCAUGGCAGGUGGACCUGCAACACUUGGAGAGCCUGAUGGAUGACAAGACAUCCUGUCUGAUUGUCACCAACCCAUCAAACCCAUGCGGUUCUGUGUUCACCAAGGACCACCUACAGAAGAUCCUCACAGUGGCCUCCAGAAACCAUGUGCCUAUCCUGGCAGAUGAAAUCUACAGCAACAUGGUUUUUCCAGGUUGCGACUGCCCUUCCCUGCCGUCCCUCAGUAGCGAUGUUCCCAUUAUUUCGUGCGGAGGCUUGGCUAAACGCUGGCUCGUCCCCGGUUGGAGGUUGGGAUGGAUCCUCAUCAAUGACAGGAACAACAUCUUUGGCUCUGAGAUUCGACAAGGCCUGGUCAAACUGAGCCAACGUAUUCUUGGAGCUUGCACCAUCGUCCAGGGUGCCCUGGAGGGAAUCCUCAACAACACACCUGAAAGCUUCUACCAUGAUACUGUUCGAUUCCUCAAGUCCAACGCUGAGAUUUGUUUUAACGAGCUGUCCACAGUGCCCGGCUUGAACCCCAUCAUGCCCUCAGGGGCCAUGUACUUGAUGGUCGGAAUUGACAUCGAUCGCUUCCCAAACUUCCACAAUGACGUCAACUUCACUGAGCAGCUGGUGACUGAACAGUCCGUUUUCUGUCUGCCCGCAACGGCGUUCGAGUAUCCCAACUUCUUCCGCAUAGUGGUCACGGUGCCGGAGCAGAUGAUGGUGGAAGCGUGCCGUCGGAUCAGGGAGUUUUGCCAGCGCCACUAUCGGCCCGACAGCCACGACAGCAACAACCUGGACCAGUAAUACGGCAGUCACGCCCACCUGUUGCCAUGGAAACCUAUCCCUCAUACUGAACAGGUUUAAAGUGUACAACAGUGUUUCAUAUCGCUUUUUCCAGUGAUUUGUGGUUGACAUGGCCAAAGCUUUUAUUUAAACAACAUCUAUGAACCUUCUUGUUUUGCAUAUUUAUCUAAUUGUUUGACUGCUUUUACAUUCCUGGACAUCUUUAGGAUGGCAGACCAUGCAUACUUGAUAGCUGUGUCUCAAUUGGCGCACUUGUGUACUUGCACUCAGUCUAUUGAGUGCACGAGUGUGAGAAGUACACUGCCAGUCCUCACACAGACACACACACACACACACGCGUGCACACACACUUGCCAUUAAAACGUACACCACUUCCUGUUAGUGUAAUACAGUGUACACAGUAUAUUUAUUGAAGUGCACUGAUGCAAGUACAUUCUUAAACACUUCACAAUCAGUGCAAGUGAACACAUUUGUAUAUUGUAUUGUACAAAAAUGUCUCAAGAAAGAUUACUUUUCUUCUUUUUUAUUACAGAUUUUAUAUGAAUAAAACCUUACACUGCCAACAGGAAUAUACUCUGUAUUUGAUCAGGAAAUCUGUAAAUUCAUCCAUUUUUCACUGAAGAUUAAAUUAAGAGAUGAUUGAAAUCGCACAUAAAAUAAAUUUGUAACACAGA